AUGAGAAGUUCUGGCCUCGCUCUUCUCAACUUCUUCUUCUUCCUCCUCACUUCGAUUUCAACAGAUUUUCAUGUAGAGGGAGCAUUUGUUGGAACCUAUGGGAUAAACUACGGUAGGAUCGCCGAUAACAUACCGUCGCCGGAAAAAGUAGUUCUACUUCUAAAGCAAGCCAAAAUCAGGAACGUUCGUAUAUACGACGCAGACCACACGGUCCUCAAAGCCUUCAGCGGCACUGGUUUAGACCUUGUGGUUGGACUCCCCAAUGGGUUCUUGAAAGAGAUGAGCUCAAACCCAGAUCACGCAGCGACUUGGGUCAAAGAAAAUGUCCAGUCUUUCUUACCGGAGACUCGGAUCCGUGGUAUCGCCAUAGGCAACGAAGUCCUCGGAGGCGGAGACUCUGAGCUCUCCGGAGCUUUACUCGGCGCAGCGAAGAACGUCUACAACGCCUUGAAGAAGAUGAACCUCGAGAAGACUGUGCAGCUUACAACUGCUCAUUCUCAGGCUGUGUUCGCUGACUCGUACCCUCCGUCGUCUUGUGUGUUCAAAGAGAAUGUUGUUCAGUUCAUGAAGCCGUUGCUGGAGUUCUUUGAUCAGAUUAAGUCUCCUUUCUGUUUAAACGCGUACCCGUUCUUGGCUUACACUUAUAACCCUGACGAGAUCGAUAUCAACUACGCUCUGUUCAAGCCGACGGAAGGUAUCUACGAUCCCAAAACCGAGCUGCGGUAUGAUAACAUGCUUGAUGCUCAGAUUGACGCUGCGUACAUGGCGCUGCAAGAUGCUGGUUUCAAGAAGAUGGAGGUUAUGAUUACCGAGACCGGGUGGGCUUCUAAAGGCGAUUCGGAUGAGCCUGCGGCUACACAGGAGAAUGCGAGAACUUAUAACUAUAACCUCAGGAAGAGGCUUGCGAAGAGGAAAGGGACUCCUCUUAGACCGAAGACGGUGCUCAAAGCCUAUAUCUUUGCGUUGUUCAAUGAGAAUUCGAAGCCGGGGAAGAGCUCAGAGACUCACUUUGGACUUUAUAAGCCUGAUGGAACCAUAUCUUAUGAUAUUGGAUUCAACAGUCUUAAGUCCGAUGCUGCUACCAAAUCACUCUUUUCAUCGUCAAAGGCGGCUUGUUACUAUGCAACAUUGGUCAUCUCUGUCUUCGUUUUCCUCCUGAUGAUAUAA